GCUGGCAUCAGCCAAGCGCGUCGAAAAAAUGAACCGGCCUCUGACGGCUAACUCAAGCAACAUGGCAGAAAUGAUGUCGAAAGCCAAACGCCAACAAACCAUGGCGCAGGAUCCACUUGACAAACUGCGGUCUCAACUGCUGGCUCGCGGAGCAACAGGCAUUCUCGGAUUUGGCAGGGUAUUCCGUCGGAUGGAUGACAAUGGAAACCGUUCUCUGUGCUUCGAUGAAUUUUGCAAGGGGAUCGAAGAAAGCGGUGUCAAGACCGAGGACGGUUGCCGUGCUCUUUUCGACGCUUUCGACAAGGACCGCUCCGGGUCUGUUUGCAUCAACGAAUUUCUUAAAGCUAUUCGGCCUCCCAUGUCGGAUGGACGCAAAAGGGUUAUCGCCGAGGCGUUCAAAAAAUUAGAUCGAACUGGAGACGGUGUUGUCACUCUGGAAGACUUAAACGGCGUCUAUAAUGUCAAACACAAUCCCAGAUAUUUGAGUGGAGAGGAAACAGAAGAGCAAAUUCUCAAGAAGUUCUUGGCUAACUUUGAGUCAAACGGUUCUAUUGAUGGAAUGGUGACUUAUGAUGAGUUCCUAGAUUAUUACGCCGGAGUCAGUUCGUCAAUCGAUCAUGAUGCAUAUUUUGAUUUGAUGAUGAGGCAGGCAUGGAAAAUGUAAUGUUUUCAUUCUCGCAUCUUAUCGAAGAAUCAGCAAGGCAUUCGAUAAAGAAAGGAUCUUAAUGGCUGCAAAUUUUGCGUCCGCAACCUUUUUCAACGCAUCCAUUUCCUUCCAAAAGUUUUUGACUUAUUUGCAAAAUUGUCUCUUUUCUGUUUGUUUUUGACAUCACAGAUGCAAAACGCACACUUAUUUUAUUGUUUUUUUUCUGAUUUCAUUUUCCUCUUGACCCUUGCCCUGGAUUUACCACUGCCUAUUUUUCCUAACUGCCUAUUGUCCCGACGUUACGAGCUAAAUCGAACAAAGUUUGCAUUUUAUCGGUCACUUGGUUUAUCAACGUGCAUGAUAAA